GGCUGCGGGCGCUCCCCGGACUCCCGCAUCGCGCAGCCUGGCGCGCCCCGAUGACGGCCGGGUCAACGGAGAGCUCCUGACCCGCUGAAUCACCCUCCCCUCCCACCACCUGCGCAAGGAGGCGGCCCGGGGAAGCCGCCUCGGUGCAUAUAAAGUGCUGCCGUCGGAGCGUGAAGCGCUGCUCGCUGCCGGGUCCUCGUUGUCGCCCGCCCGCCGCGCCAUGGCCUCCGGCCGCCGCCUGCCGCUGCCCGCGUUGCUGCUGCCGCUGGCCUGCGCCGCGCUGGCCCAGCGCCCCCUCACAGAGAAGCAGCGCGCCUGCCUGCUGCCCCCCGACGACGGACCCUGCCGCGCCUUGGUGCCGCGCUGGUACUACGACCGGCACACGCAGAGCUGCCAGGAGUUCACCUACGGGGGCUGCUACGGCAACGCCAACAACUUCCUCACCUUCGACGACUGUGAGAAGAGCUGCUGGACCAUCAAGAAAGUGCCCAAAUUAUGCCGGCUGGAGGCUGAUGGAGGACCUUGCAGGAGUUAUCUAAGAAGAUAUGCCUUUAACUUGAGCUCGAUGCGGUGUGAGGAAUUCAUCUACGGUGGCUGUUAUGGAAAUGGCAAUAACUUCAGAGAUUUGCAGUCUUGUAUGGACCACUGUCUGCCAGAAAAAACUGGCCCCUUGCUAUGCUAUAGCCCAAAGGAUGAAGGACUGUGUUCUUCUUCUGUGCCUCGCUAUUACUAUGACUCCAAGACUAAAUCAUGUAAAGAGUUCAGAUAUACUGGCUGUGGUGGAAAUGCCAACAACUUUGUCACUGAAAUGGAUUGCUACAAUGUCUGUAGAAAAGGAAAUCAGAAACCAAGGAUCAACAGGCCAACAAAUGGGUUCCGCAGAAAAAUAGUGAGAAAACUGAUUAGAAAAACUCAGACGUAUAACCCAAAGUCUUAAAGCUGAUGUGCACUUGGAUGUUUGAAACACUUUUUGUUGAUUCCACUUUCUUCUUUUGUAAGAUACUUUUCACUAAGUUUUAUACUGACAUAGUUCUGUCUUUCAGGACUGCUUUUUGUGCAAUUUACUUUUUUAUAAGGAACUGCAUUUAAUAGAAGAAUGAACCUAAGUUUGGUUUUUCUCUCUGUUGUCUUUGCAAUAAUACUUUGGAAAGACAGGUGUUUAGAGUUCCAUGUUUUUAUGGGGGGAAUAUUACUACUGCCUUGGGAGAGUAUUUCAGCUGUUGCAAAUCAAUUAAAAUUUGAAAAAUCAAUUGUCUGUUAGUAUAACUAAGGAGACUACAACACUGAAAAGCUACCAUGGAUUUUUAAAAUUUUUUUUGCAUCCUCUGCUUACUAAAGAAAAUGAACUUUUCACAAGUGUGUUCAGAGGUUUAUUGCUCUGCCAUUUACGUACUUUGGCCCUAUCAUUUAAAUAGAUUGUCACAGUUAACAUUCUUAGUCAAGGCUUUCAGAAGCUGUCAUAACAGUAAAAGAAGUACAAAUUUAAAUGCAGCUCAUCCCACAGGAAAGAAUUUGGAAUAGGGGUGCCUUGAUAAACACUCUGACAAAGGCAAUGAAUAAGCUAGUUGAGUAUUAAAAUAAAAACAUGGCCAUUACUUUUCAUGACAUCUGAAAUUUUUGCUGUUACUCCAGAUCCUCAUGUGGCAUUAAUCAGCAUAGUUUUACUGAUUUUAAUGGAGCUAUGCUGAUUACAUCUGCAGAGGAUCUUGAUAUUUGUGAUAAUGCAGUAGCUGUUAGAGCAGUAGAAGUUUCUGCAAAUUUCAUCUACAAAAGAGUAAUCCCUCUUUUGAGGCACUUUUAUAUUUCUUAUGGUAGGUUAUGCCUAUGGUGAUACUUUUGCACAUCCUUUUAUGUUUUGUAUUUUAAUCAUGCCUGAAUUUCAGUUAAUUUCACCUACAAUGUUUUCUAAAUAUAAAUUGGUAAGUAAUGUUAAUAAAAUGUUUUUUGUGGGAAAAAAAAAAAAAGAUUGUUCUGUCAUUUUCCUGAAUGAGUUGUAUAGACCAAUAUGUGUAAUGGAACCUAUAAUUUGCUGAUUAUGACUCUAACAGAGUUGUCUCUUCAAUCAUUUCCUUACACUGAGGUCUUUAUUUGAAGAAAGCCAAUAAAUUGCAUUGAGGUUAUUCAUCCCCAGAAGUUUUGUAGCUCAGCUGGCUCUCUCGAAAGACCUGCUCUCAAAGGGGUGCUUAGUUAAGCUGAUUGUCUGCUGCUGGGUCUCCUGUUUGAUGUUGCACUAUAUGAAUAGCUUUUGUGUGGGUAACAAACUAGUUGUUUGAAAUGACAUUGGCUUUCAGUUAGAAAAAUUCAGGCGUGUGCUUUAAGCCUAUUUUGGAGAGGGAACAUGAUGGGCAAACUAGUCAAGAUUUUCUUACUAAUGUUUCUAUCACUGCCACAUUUCCAAUUAAAGCAGCUCUCUGGGCUUGCCAUUGCCUUUCUACCACUCUGUUUCUGGUUCUUGGUCUCAAAACCCCUUUUUAUUUUAAUCAUCUCUUGUUUAGUGCAGAUGAAUGAGAACAUUGUAGCAGACAAUUGCAGGUAACUAGUGACAGAGCUUUGAGUGCUUGUCCCAUGCCAGACCUCUUCUCUUGGUAACCAGCCUUCAAAUAAAGGGGACAGUAUAAACUCCCUGGGGGAGCCAGGGUACGAUAUCUAUGGACAUUGCCCGUAUUCCUUCCUGUGGGUUAUGAAUUUUGGCUGUCCUGUUUACAGCAGCCCAAGGCAUCCUCUGAAUAUUUUUUCAUACCUAAUGCUAAUGUUUAGGGCUGUGUUUAUUUCAUGGUCUGACCGUGGCUUAUAAAAACACGAGCUUGUUUAGGAAGUCAGAGUUCAACUUAAACAUGGUGUUUAACUGUAGAGGAUGGCUGUCUUUUAACAGCAACACCAUGGGGUAUAAUUUUUGGGAUCAUGUUUGAGAAAUUACUAUUACUUCUUAUGUCUCUGGGUCUUUGACUUUCAUAGGAGUAUCUCUAGAAUGGGGUACAAAAGUGGACCUAGGAUUUAAAGGGAGUCCCAAGUCUUAGAGCAGCUCCACUCUACUUUCUGAUGUCAGAAUUGGGUGCCUUGUCACACAUCAUAACAUGCCCUGAGCAAUGCAAUACCCUGCUCAUGUCCUGGAAAGGAUCCAAGAGUUUAGUACUCUUCUGUUCAUGCCAGCUCAGGGUCUCAGCAAGAGCUGUCUUGAUGUACCAGGGUGCUGCAGUGGCCACUGCAGCCCUUUAUAAUGCAGCUGUUCCACAGGCACUUUCUUUUCUUGCAUAAAAAUACAAUUUAAAGUCUAAGGGCUUACUGCUAAAGUAUGCAGUGAAAUAUCAUAGGUUUGGGUUUUAAUCCCUUAUCUACCUGGUAUCACAUAGAAAUUUAAUGUAAACCAUAAUUUUCACAGGGUUUCCUAGUGAGCAGGCUGUAGAGUAUUCUGGAGGAGGUGGGGCAGGGAAAGGAGGUGCUCAUGGAAGUUUUUUCCGUUCCUUAUUGAAGCUAUUACAUAAAUUGUACCAUAUUUCCAGGUAAAUGCCUUCAUCUCUUGGUUUUUGGUUGGGUUUUUUUUUUUUUUUUAGCUACAAAGAAUUUCAGCUGUCACUGUGCUGCUCUGCUUUGUGUUCUUAGUUUACUAUCCCUUCAGACUACUGUGACUUUGACUAAUCUAAACACUUGUCAUCUACAGCCUUUUACAUGAUUCAUUACUUACUUCCUUUUUCAGUUUGCUGAUGAAGCAAUACAGGCCCGAGGUUGGGCCAACUGUUAGUGUUUUGCCACGUUGAAAAUUGAUGCAGCCCAUACCAUCCUGCAAAUUAACUUUUAUUAUAGUAGCCAGUGUCCAGCAUCUACUAUUGUGUGUCACAGUGCAAAUUUCUACUGUAGAGGAGGGAAGCAGUGAUUAUAAUCAGUCGGGUUUGCAUAGGCAAACUGCCACUGAAACUCCUGACUAGUGAUUUGCACAGGACAGUCAUACCUGCCCCUGAAAAGUAGUUGCUGGAAUAAGCAGAUUUGAAUAAACUCCAUUGCAACAUCAUUGCUCUUUAACUUUCAUUGUGACCCAUUAUUCCAGAUAAUUUCUUAGAGAUAUCUUGCAAAGAACUGUAUAAAAAUUAUAAAAAUGAAAAUCUGCACUGAUUCUUCAUCGUAGGUCUUCAUCUUUAUAUUUCAAUGGAAUUUUAAAUGUCAAAAAGAGAAAAGAAAAAAAUUAAUGUGGAACCACAUAAUAUUUUUAUUGAUAAGCUACAUGAUGGCAAGCAGAAUUUCACCACAUAUAAUUUUAACAGCGAUUUGCCCCAAUAAAUGGCUUUCUCACAAUUCCAUACUGUAGUAGCAAACUGACAAUGAAUUCAGCUUGUAUGCCUGGAGUCAGAUUUCUGAUUACCAGAAGCAUUCCUGUUUCUCUGUCACUUCUCAUCAGUUGAGGAGGUAGAAAACAUGGAACUUUUUUUAGAAAGAAGCAUUUAUUAGAAACAAUGGGCCAUGUUAAAAAAAAAAAAAUUAAAAAUCCCUAAACUUGUGUCUCAGAUCAGAGGUGAGAGAUUUUAUCCCAAAGCUUGAAGUCAGCCAUAUGGCUGAGGGCAGCUGUUCUAACCCAGACAGGGAAAAGAAAUCUGUUCUGCUAGAGAAACACUAUUCAGCUAUGACUAUGUGAAUCUGGAAGAACUGCACUGUGGCUCUGCCAGAAUUAUUAUGCAUUUACAUCAGUGUUAUUGAAAGCAAAAUCUGCCUCAUUGUCUUUCUAGAAAGGAAGACUAUCACUGGCAAUAAUUAGAAAACAGAAAAACUUGCUUCUGUUGAAGUAAGCCUCAUUUUUCAUUGUAUGGUGGUCCAGUACAAUAAUGUCUGUCAUCUGAUAAAUUACUUAAUUGCUGAGGAGAAGGGGUGUUAAUCAUAGAAUAUAGAGCCUGAUGAACAGCAGUGAUAUUUAAAAAGUAAUAUAUGUAAACAAGAUACAUAAAAGCAUUAGCCACUGGUGUGAUUAUGAGCUGUGAUUUCCAAAUAAAUGCUGGAGAAAUGAGCGUUCCCAGCUCAUGUGUGAACUAUUUAUAAAAGAGAGAUAGUUCAGGCAAGUUAAAGACUAAUCUAUGAAAUGUAGGACAUUGUAUCUAUUAUGUGGGAAUAAAACAAGUCACUUUUAAUGAAGGUCCCCUUUGUACUGGCAGCGCUGACCAUAAUUUCAGAUGAAUAUGGACAAAACUGGUGCUCUUCCAGACAGAUCGGAUUAGGCACAAAAGCACACACCUGCUUUUGUGUGAAAAGGUUUUAAAUGCAAUUGCAACUCAAAGCACAUCACAUUGUCUGACUUGGUGGGGCUGAACUUCAAGCUGGUGACCACACAGGAAUCUUAAGCCUUAUUGUUUUCCCAGGCCAGAUCCUCAUUAAAGGCCUUAAUGUAUUAACUACAGGUUAAAUGCUGUAUCUGCCAGCUGAGUUACAAUAGUUUUGCUCAGUGAGCUUUCUUGGAGGUAGGGCACUGCUCGGGAAGUUUGCAGCAGCUUUUCUAAGAUGGCAAUGCCUGUUUACAUGUUUUAAAGCUUAGUGUGAAAUGCAGUAAUAAAGCUCAUAGUAUCUAAUAAAUGCAUAUGAACUCUA